AUGCCACUUUCUGGAACUCCUGCUCCUCCCAACAAGAGGAAAAAGCCUGCUAAAAUCAUCACUGAUUUAUCCCACAUCUCACAAGAAGUCGAGGAUAAUGCAGAAGACGAGGCUGAAUUUGACUUGGGAACUAAGAUUAAGACUCCUAAGGAUGUCAUGCUUGAGGAGCUGUCUCUCAUGAAGAACAAAGGCUCCAAAAUGUUCAGGAUGAGGCAACAGAGAGUGGAGAAGUUCAUUGUCAGCGAUGAAAACCUGCAGAACCUCCAGGACCUGGCACCUUCUCUUGGCUGUGAGAUGAUGACUCCACCGCCUCCUUCCCCCAAACCAGAACCUCCAAAGGAGGAGGUAAAUCCUGACGAGGAGAAAGAAAAGAGAAGGCGUGAGUAUGUUAAGACGUACGUGUCGCCAUGGGAACGAGCUAUGAAGGAUGACGAACAACUCAAAGAGACCAUGAAAGUGAAAAUGCCUGGUCCUUAUGUGUACAGAGACCUUCCAAAGUACAAGAGUUUCAACAGGACUGCACUGCCUUUUGGAGGAUUCGACAAGGCUACCAAACUGUUGACAUUUGAAGUUCCAGAGAUCAAGCUGGCCCCCGAAGAACCAGAGCCAGCGUCCGUGUUCCAGCACGACAUCACCUCGCGACCCUCCUUCAACCGCACUCCUAUUGGCUGGGUGUGCAGUGAGGAGCCCAGCCACAUCCACAUGGAGCUGGACACCAUCCCAUUUGACGGAGAGACGGAUGAUCUUUAA